AUGAAAUUCUCCACCCUCGUUACUACUCUCGUUGUUGCUAGUCAAAUCAAGGGUUCUCCUGUUCCUGCUGUUAAAUGGGUUACCGAGUAUGCCUACACUACUGUAACAGUUGGAUACGACCAGUACACUGCCCACCUUGCAUCGGUGUCCAACCGUGGCACCUCAUCUGCGCCAAGCGCAACAGCUUUGGCUGCAAACGCUCCAACCGAAGAAAGUCUGCCUACCGAACCAAGCCCAUCAAAUGAUAAACCACCUGUUGAAUCAUCAGCAACAGAAGUUGCAUCGACUCAGACAAUCGCGCCAUCGGUUUACUCAUCCGAGCCACUGUUGACUCCGACCACCACAAGUUCCGAGAGCGCAACCACAAGCUCUCAGGCAUCUGGUUCAGUCUUUUCUGGAGAGGGCACUUACUACGAUCCUGAAAUGGGUGCUUGUGGUAAAGUUAACUCUGCAAGUGAUAUGAUUGUGGCCAUUUCUCACGAGUUGUACGAUGAGAAGACUCCAAAUGGCAAUCCUAACAAGAAUACCUUAUGUGGAAAGAAGAUCAGAGCCUUUUAUGAGGGCAAGUCUGUUGAAGUUGCUGUUGUGGAUAGGUGUGUCGGAUGUGCUCGUGAUGACUUGGACUUAUCCCCAUCUGCAUUUGAAAAGAUCGCAAAUAAGGACUUGGGAAGAAUCAAGCUCACUUGGGAGUGGGUUGAAUAA